AUGUCGACGGCCUCAAUCCCAACCAGCCCUAUCGUCUUUUAUGACAUUGCCAUGCGCCCCCCCGUGGGGGAGAACUGCUGCUCCCCAAACCCCUGGAAAACCCGACUGGCACUCAACUUCAAAGGUCUCCCAUACUCGACCUCAUGGGUGGCGUUACCCGACGUUUCCAAAGUGCGCCGCAGUCUCAAAGUACCAGCCUGUCGCAAAUUUGCCGAUGGCGUCGACUUUUUUACCCUUCCUAUCAUCGAGGAUCCCGCCACCGAGUCGUUGGUCGGCGACUCCUUCGAUAUCGCGGUCUACCUACAGAAAACGUAUCCGACCUCGGGCGCGGGCGACCUUUUCCCCCCUCAGGCGCUCGACUACGUCUUCACGCCCGAUCUUCCGACACUUAUACCACUAUCAGAAUGUAGCGAGAGUGACUUUCCUGAAUACGCCAGAUUCAAUGUGAACGUCGACGCCGCCUUUACCGCACAUACACAGCUUUCGAUCCAGUGUUUCCCGUUCGAUCCAGCUACUGCCGAGAUCAGUAAGGCUGAAUUUGUCCGGCGUGCGGGUGCCACGUGUUGGGAGGACUUUACCUUGGUUGGCGAGCAGCGAGAGAAGAUGAAAGCUUCGUUCCGGAACAUGCUGGGUGGUCUGGCUGAGCUAUUCCUGAGGGACACUAGUGGGCCCUUUCUGCUCGGAACAAGGGCUAGCUAUGCGGACAUGAUCGUCGAUGGGUGGCUGCGGAUGAUGCGCGUGACUAUACCGGAGAGUGAAUGGCAAGAGUUGAGAAGUUGGCAUGGGGGACUUUUCGGGCAGUUGCAUGAUGCGUUGGAGGUAUAUGCGGAGGUAAAAUAG